UAUAAUAUAAGGAUGCGUGCACUCUUGAAAAUAAUUCAUCAUCCAAAAUGAGGUCAGGAAACGCCGUGAAGUCCGCCAUUUUUGUGAAUUGCGCGCGCACCCGUACGAUGUGAAGUUGGCUCAGAGGUUGCGCGCGCCAGUCCGCCCAGCCGUCUUCGACCAUCUCGCGUAGAAAAAUAAAAUAAAUAAAUUAAAAAGCGGAAUAAAGGCGUGUUCGAAAUUCAAACAGUUCAAUUUUCAAACAGUUUUUUUUAAUAUCAAAUAUGGCUGUGGUUGUGAUACGUGAACUGCCGACAUAGUGCACAAUAUGUUUCCCUGUGGAGACGGGACUUAGGUUUUAGAUUUAAUUCUUGUGUUUGUGUGUAAAUAGUAAAGUGGUGUGAAUUAACUGUUUUUACUGUACGUGACCCUUUGGGACCAACCUACCAGAAACAGCGACCUAUACAAUAACCUAUAAUUUUAGUCCGAGCCCUAUACACCUGACACUAUUCCUUUACUCUUCACUCCGGUCCUUGGAUAAUGGUCGUGGAAGGCAUGACUGCACCUGACAUUUAAUAGGCAACCAUGAGCGCCCCAGAACCGGAGCAGAUCCCGGCGGCCCCUGCCGGGACCCCGGCGGAUCCUCCCGAGCCGGACGGGCCUCUGAUCCCGGUCCCCGCGCCCCGCAAGACCGCCCGCCGGGGGCCUAAAGUCCUGCAGGAGAGGCCGAAACGUGCGCUCUUCUGUCUCACACUCAAAAACCCGAUUAGGAAGGUCUGCAUCGACAUUGUUGAGUGGAAACCGUUCGAAUGGAUGAUCCUGACCACCAUCUUCGCCAACUGCAUCGCGCUGGCGGUGUUCACUCCCUACCCCAACAGUGAUUCCAACUACACCAACUCUGUGCUGGAGAAAAUCGAAUACGUGUUCCUGGUCAUCUUCACGGGGGAGUGCUUGAUGAAGAUCUUUGCGUACGGGUUUGUGAUGCACGCGGGCUCUUAUCUGAGGAAUGGAUGGAACUUGCUGGAUUUCACCAUCGUUGUAAUUGGAAUGGUGAGCACGGUGCUGUCGAGCAUAUUCAAAGAUGCGUUCGAUGUGAAGGCGCUGCGGGCAUUCAGGGUGCUCCGACCUCUGAGGCUGGUUUCUGGAGUGCCAAGUCUCCAGAUCGUAUUAAACUCCAUCCUGAAAGCGAUGAUCCCGCUGCUCCACAUCGCGCUGCUGGUCAUUUUCGUCAUCAUCAUCUACGCCAUCAUCGGCCUUGAACUCUUCUCCGGGAAAAUGCACAAGACCUGCUUCAACAAACACACCAACGAGAUGAUGGACUCUCCCCACCCCUGCGAUGUGGAUAACGGGUUCAACUGCUCUAGCCUGGGCUCCGAGAUGGUGUGCGGCGAAGGCUGGAUCGGCCCUAACUUUGGCAUCACCAACUUCGAUAACUUCGGGUUGUCCAUGUUAACGGUCUUUCAGUGCAUUACGUUGGAGGGCUGGACCGAAGUUAUGUAUAAUAUUCAAGAUGCGAUGGGCAACAGCUGGGAGUGGAUUUAUUUCGUGUCGAUGGUCAUAUUGGGAGCUUUUUUCGUCAUGAACCUAAUUCUCGGUGUGUUGUCUGGAGAAUUCUCCAAAGAGAGAGAAAAAGCGAAAAACCGGGGAGACUUCCAGAAACUUCGCGAGAAGCAGCAACUAGAAGAGGACCUGAAGGGCUACCUCGACUGGAUCACGCAGGCCGAGUACUUGGAGCCUCUGGCAGAUCAGAACGACACUGCUGACCAGCUGAGGGAGUAUAGUUUAGGAGCAGGAGCGGCAGAAAACCACGACUCAUCAGACCAUUUAGGAGUAGAGUUGAGUGAACCACAGAAAAGCUGCCUUUGCAAACUCUGGAAGCAAGACUUCGAUAAAAUCAAUCGAAGAAUGAAGCGUAGCUGUCGGAAAGCAGUGAAAUCGCAGACGUUUUACUGGCUGAUCAUUCUACUUGUGUUCCUGAACACUGUGGUGCUGGCCAGUGAGCAUUAUCAGCAACCAAGCUGGCUGGAUUUGUUCCAAGAGUACGGGAACGCCUUUUUCGUAGCACUUUUUACUUUAGAAAUGUUCGUCAAGAUGUACAGUCUAGGAUUACAAGGUUACUUCGUGUCGCUGUUCAACCGCUUCGACUGCUUUGUGGUGGUCGGGUCCAUCAGCGAGAUGGUGCUCACAAAGACGGAGGUGAUGCCCCCACUGGGAAUCUCCGUGCUGCGGUGUGUGCGGCUGCUGAGGGUGUUUAAAGUCACAAAAUACUGGCGCUCCCUCUCCAACCUAGUAGCGUCUCUCCUCAACUCCAUCCAGUCCAUCGCCUCGCUGCUGCUGCUUCUGUUCCUCUUCAUCAUGAUCUUCGCGCUUCUCGGCAUGCAGGUCUUCGGAGGAAAGUUCAACUACGAUCCCGUGGAGGAAAAGGAUCGACACAAUUUCGAUUGCUUUUGGCAGGCGUUGUUGACGGUGUUUCAAAUCCUGACGGGCGAAGACUGGAACGCGGUGAUGUACGAAGGCAUCAAGGCGUACGGUGGCGUGGGCUCCGUCGGCAUCGUCGCCUGCAUCUACUUCAUCAUUCUCUUCAUUUGUGGCAACUACAUCUUACUAAACGUCUUCUUGGCCAUCGCCGUAGACAAUCUUGCAGACGCAGAAUCGUUGACUAACAUUGAAAAGCAGGAAGCUAAUCCCGAUGAGAAGGAAGCCGGUAGUGUAAUAAUCGAUGGUGCACAUGCAGAUACUGAUGAUGAAUACAUUCACGACGACGAUGCGUAUACUACGGACAAUUCGGAGCGCGAAUAUGAAGAGACAGGUUCAGAGGAAGAAGAAGAAGAAAGAGUCGAGAUAGAGGGUGGAGAGGAAACAGACAGGAUAGAAGAAGAACAAGAACAGGAAGAAGAGAUUAUUCAGAGGAAUCAUAUAGGUUCUAACAAAGAAGGACCCACUGUAACCGUCAUGGAGCUAACACACAAAGAAACAGAACCUAACUAUGCAACAACAGUGAACACAGAGGGCGAGGAGCCAAGAUUGAAGCGAAAGCCGACAACAUCAUCGGCGAGACCAAGGAGGUUGUCCGAAGUCGACAUACACGACUCUAAGAAACCCAUCCCUGAUGCUACCUCCUUCUUCAUAUUUACCAAAACCAACAGGUUCCGCGUGUUUUGCUACAAGCUGUCAGCAUCUUCGACCUUCGGGAACAUCAUCCUGAUCUGCAUCAUGUUCUCGUCGGCCAUGUUGGCUGCUGAAGAUCCUUUGGAUGCUCAGCAAAAAGGAUUUAGGAAUUGGCUCCUAAGUCAAUUCGACGUGUUUUUCACGGGCAUCUUCACGCUGGAGCUGUUCCUCAAGCUGGUGACGUACGGGCUGAUCCUGCAUGAGGGCGCAUUCCUCCGCUCUGCCUUCAACGUGCUCGACAUGCUCGUCGUCUGCGUGUCGCUCAUCUCCAUGUGCUUUAAGUCAGGAAGUAUAUCGGUGGUGAAGAUAUUAAGAGUGUUCAGGGUGCUGAGGCCACUCAGGGCCAUCAAUAGGGCCAAGGGCCUUAAGCACGUUGUUCAAUGCGUGAUCGUUGCUAUCAAAACAAUCGGGAACAUAUUGUUGGUAACGUCGUUACUGCAAUUCAUGUUCGCCGUCAUGGGAGUACAAAUGUUCAAGGGAAAGUUUUUUAGAUGUACUGAUAUUUCGAAGAUGACGAAAGCAGAGUGUCAAGGAACAUACCUUGUGUUUGAAAAUCGAAAUUACGUAGUUAGGGAUAGAGAGUGGAAGAGAAAUGACUUCCAUUUUGACAACGUUAUGAAAGGGAUGCUGACGCUGUUCACCGUCUCUACGUUCGAGGGAUGGCCUGCGUUGUUGUAUGUGUCAAUCGACUCAAACCAAGAGGACCGUGGUCCCAUUACUAACUUCCGUCCAAUCGUCGCAGCCUACUAUAUUAUUUAUAUUAUUAUAAUUGCCUUCUUUAUGGUAAAUAUAUUCGUCGGUUUCGUCAUAGUUACAUUCCAAAACGAGGGAGAGCAAGAGUAUAAAAACUGUGAACUGGACAAGAAUCAGAGGAACUGCAUAGAGUUCGCCCUGAAAGCUAAACCUAUAAGAAGGUAUAUCCCAAAGCAUCGCAUUCAAUACAAAGUGUGGUGGUUCGUCACGUCCCAGCCGUUUGAAUACGCCAUCUUCGUCCUCAUCAUGAUCAACACCAUCACACUAGCCAUGAAGUACCACAAUCAGCCCCUCGAAUACAGCAAAGCUUUGGACAUGCUCAAUAUGAUUUUCACCGCUGUCUUUGCUCUUGAGUUCAUUUUCAAACUCGCUGCCUUUAGGUUUAAGAAUUAUUUUGGAGACGCGUGGAAUACAUUCGACUUUAUCAUCGUGCUAGGAAGUAUUAUAGAUAUUGUGGUAUCACAAGUCAACGAGCUCAAAAACCAGGGAAGCGGUUUAACAAAAGCCCACAUAAAGGAAACUUCUAUACCAUCGAUCAACUUCUUCCGAUUAUUCCGAGUGAUGAGACUUGUGAAGCUGCUGUCCAGAGGGGAGGGGAUCAGGACUCUCCUCUGGACGUUUAUAAAGUCAUUUCAAGCGUUGCCGUAUGUUGCCUUGCUGAUUUUGAUGCUGUUCUUCAUUUAUGCUGUAGUGGGGAUGCAGGUGUUUGGGAAAAUAGCCAUAGACGAUGAAACUCCGAUCACUAGGAACAACCACUUCCAGACAUUCCCUCAAGCCAUUCUAGUCCUAUUUCGUUCAGCUACAGGGGAGGCGUGGCAGGACAUCAUGAUGGGGGUAUCCCCGGAGCCGGAAGUGCAGUGCGACGACAACUACGAAGAGGAACCCGGCGAGAACGUCAAUUCCUGCGGCUCCGUGCUCGCCUUCCCCUACUUCAUCUCUUUCUACGUGCUGUGUUCUUUUUUGAUUAUCAAUUUAUUUGUAGCCGUCAUUAUGGACAACUUCGACUAUUUGACCAGAGACUGGUCAAUACUGGGACCACACCACUUAGAUGAAUUUAUAAGGUUAUGGAGUGAAUACGACCCGGACGCGAAGGGUCGGAUAAAACAUUUAGAUGUAGUUACUUUGUUAAGAAAAAUUAGUCCUCCUUUAGGAUUCGGCAAGCUGUGUCCACACCGCGUGGCCUGCAAGAGACUGGUCUCCAUGAACAUGCCGCUCAACUCCGACGGCACUGUACUCUUCAACGCUACCCUUUUCGCCGUCGUCAGGACUUCGCUGAAGAUCAAAACUGAGGGAAGACGCAAUCAAAAUGUUGCACCGUCAACUCCCAGCAACAUUGACGACUGCAACACAGAACUAAGAGCUGUCAUCAAGAAGAUUUGGAAGAGAACGUCUCCGAAACUCCUGGACCAGGUGGUUCCGCCACCUGGGGACCCAAAUGAGAUCACCGUCGGCAAGUUCUAUGCCACCUUCCUGAUACAGGACUACUUUAGAAGGUUCAAAAAGCGGAAGGAGCAAGAGUUAAGGCAGAACGACGAAGCCUGUCACCAGAUGACUCUCCAAGCGGGUCUGAGGACUCUUCAUGAAGCAGGACCUGAGCUGAAAAGGGCUAUAUCAGGGAAUCUCGACGACAUUACAGCAGAAUGUGAUGUGCCUAUGCAUAGGAGAAACCACUCAUUAUUCGGAGGGGUGUGGUCGAGCAUUCGAAGACACGGAUCCAACAGGCACAUCAGACACAGGAAACCGGGGGAACCUCCGAUGGGAGAAGGAGUGGGUAAUCAUCUGAGUUCUAUGAUGCAACGAGAAUACGGAGUAGGGACUUUACCUCUAGCGCCGACAGUACCAAAUGGACAACCAAAGGAGCAAAUACCACUUAGACCUUUAAUAUUCAAUGGAGAAUCAGAGAAGAUAUAUCAAGUUCUAGACAAUCAAAAGUCUAAUUACCCAGAGAUGUUAGGACAAAUAGGUCUCGCGUUCGGUUGCGUUAACUAUCUAACGACGCCGAGCGAGGUGGCUCCGAUAAAAACGUCCCCAGCGGUGUCUAGACAAAAGAUCCAUCCAGAAGACUCGACGUCUUCCAGGGAGAAGCUACCGAUACCGAGGAAGGCGUCUCCGGAGGAUAAAACGCCGUCGCCGAGCGCGUUCGAAGCGAUACAGCCGAAGAUCUCCCCGCAUCUGGCGAGCGAAUGCGCGCCAACAACCGAGUCGAAAACGAUGACGUUAUACGGCUACAACGCAGCAGCGAAGCUUCCUUUCGCGUUCUCCCACGCGAAGGCGGUGUGUCGCGGAGGGGAGAGAAGGAGUCUGCGAGCCAUCAAGCCGGUGGUGACAGGUCGGAUGGUGCGCAGUGCCUCGUCAGGGGCGGCGAGCUCGCAUGCGCCGCCCGCCCAGCUUUUAGCUCGACCGCACUCGCCAGGAGGCGAUAGCUCGGACCGCGGCGUGGUCUCUCUGCCUGGCAGUCCACGUGGUAUCAAUUCUUCAGUCCCGGUGGUUGGGUCAGCUGAGAGUCUUGUUACUAGGGUUUUAGCUGAACAAGGUCUGGCGGCAUACUGCGACGAAGAAUUCGUGAGGAACACCUCACGGGAGAUGCAGGAGGCGCUUGAGAUGACGCAGGAGCAGAUGGAUAGGGCGGCACAUCAACUCAUGAUUCAAGAGAGAAAUAUAAAGCAAGCCCAAAACCAGCCUCAAGUUGCUAACAUUUGGGCUGUUCCAGGGCGAUAUGCUAGCUCGCCACCCUUACCAGCCACCGACCAUGCCCCCACCCUUCAAGCCGUUAUAGCAGAGAGUGGCCGCGCCUCGCAAGAUGGCGGACACGAUCAAAAUGGCAGCCAAGAUGGCGCCGCGCCGCGAAAUGGCGGCAAUGGCGCGAAACACCACAAGCAGCACAAGAGGAAGAGAAAAAGGAAACCAGUAUUGGUAUAGUGUAUUGAAAUAUGUUUGAGAUGUGCUCAAAUUUUCAUUUGUUGCUUAGGAUUAGGGGCAGAUGAUUUUUACCGCCGAUUUAUCAUCGCAAUAUAGUUAGAAUGAGGCAGCAAUAUAGUUCUGCUUUUAAUAAAUAUCUGUGUCUUUAUCGAUUGUACCGACAAAUUAACUUUGUAAAUCCUUAAUGAAUUAUAUCUCCAUGUCAAAUGUCAAUGCGAAACAUUGUUACUUGUCAAUUGCUCUCUGAUUGUACGAGUAAGUCCUUAAAAAGGAAGGACUUAAAAAGUAAUUAAAACUUCUAAUUAAAGACUAAUUUUACAUGGGCGAAAGUGCUUGGAAAUACAGGACUACGCUCUAAGGCUACGUUCUAUGACAGUAAGUUGUGUUCGAGUCAAGGAGCAGAUACGAGUAAGUACCACACAAACUCAUGUUCCUUGUCGUUGGCAUAGAUGGCACCACAGCGUAAAUUUUGUAUGGCUAUAGACCUGUUAACGUCAUAUCGUGAUCUAGUGUGUUCUCUGAGAUAUAACGCAGAUGGGGUUUUAAUAAAAGCUGAGGUCAAAGUGCCUUACAAAAUAUGUAACUGAGAUCUUGCUAAUGUAACGCCAUCUAUAACAAAAAUUAAGAACCUCUUUAACAUUUAUUUGUCGCUGAUUAAGAUGUCGAUUAGCAUAGCUUAAAUGCCUACCUUUGUUGGCUAUAUGCACAUAUUGGUCUUCUAUGCGUUAAGCAUACUAGACUUCCUUUUUUAUUAACAUCUGUGUACGGCAGAUGAAAAAGUGAGAUUAGUAGAUCUAACGUAUUUGGUAAAAUUUAGACGUUGUAAUGUUUAGAAAGGGCCAAAUAAUAAUUUCAACUUCAGGAGUGGUGGUUCGUAAUUUGAAAUAUAAAUUUGGAAUAAUCAUAAAGUAAACUCUUAGGUGUCAAACCAGGAAAAGUCUGCAGAGAUUUUGACAACACGCAGUGCAGGUGUUAUUUUAAACUUCUAUGAAAUUAAAUAUAUUUAAUGACUGGUCACUUACGUAUUUUAAGUCGAAAAACUUAAAAAAACGUGAAACAGGAAACAGGAGUGACCCGUUAUUAAUAUAUUUAAUAUGUCUGUGUCUUACUAAAGUUUUGUUAUUAAAAUUCUAUGAAAUUAUGACGUAUAAAUAACAAUGGCACUGCGUGUGCUGUCAAAAUCUCUGCAGACUUUUCUUGGUCUAACUCUAUAUCUAUCUGCCUAUUUAAAAAACACAUUAAGCAUGUAAAAAAUAAACUCAUCUUUAUCAGCCUGUAAAGCUAGCACAAAAGUCAACCUUGUAGCGAGGCGAUUACCAGGUAUUGGCAAGAUGCGAAGUCGGUGGAGGGAGAACUGGCCCUGAUUGUCACAAGCACGCGUUAUCUUAUGGAAUGUCAAAUAUUAAUGCUAAUUUUACUCCAUAAAAUUUUACGUAGAAAAGCCGAAAACAUGAGGGCAGCACCAGCCGUGAACCUAGGGAAUUUUAUCCUCGUAAGUCCCCGCGCGCAUGCUGCGUGCGUGUGUGUGCGUGUGGCGGGAGCAUGCACCAAGCAGUGAUGAGUGGCGGAAGAAAGGGGAGGCCUGGCCAGCAGUGGGAAACGGGAGGCAAUUUAAAAAAAAAAAGGCCCUGCGUACUUGUACAAGUACAAAUUAAAUUUGUUUUGUACUCUUAUAAAAAAAACAAAAGCACUUAAAUUUUUUCUGGGCCUCGCGUGGUUAAAAUUACAUGUCAUUAAAAUACCCAUAAUAUCUUCCUUCUUACUACAGAAUGAGCGAAAUAGAUGAAGCAGGGGUAACGAGCAGUUGUGCUGCUCCUAUUGGCCCUUUGUUUAGAUUUAAAACUUAAUACAGAGAGAGAAAAUUGUCUCUAAAACAAUAUUUAGAGAUACUUUCGUACCUUAUGUAUUCAAAAAUAUAAUUUGUAAUUUUUCUAGAUGUGUAGUUUUACAGUUAUAUGAAAAAUGAUUAGAUAUCAUAAAACAUUUUAAAUUAUUGAUAUACCUACCUAUAUGGCAUAUAGGUGUGUGAUUUUGUCGGUACACAUAUGUAUAUUAUCAGAAAGAUCCUUCAGUAUCGUGGUACUGGUAAGUAUUUAUGGCAUUAUUUCGAGCUUUGAGUUUGGGUGCUCGGAAAAAAAAACGGCAAGACGCACAAUUCGUCGUUAUUUAUUGAGCAUGUAUCAUUUGAUCCGUUGUUAUAUCAGAGUACAUUAAUGUAAAGUAGGUAGUAAAUAUUUAAGAAAAUAUAAAUGAGCAGGGGGGCUAGCCAAGAUUACAAUCGUUGAUAUGAAAUGCGUAUCGAAACUUAUAGGUAUAUGGAACUAAUCACAUUACUCUUCGUAGCGUCUGUCAACCCGAUACAUGUUUUGCUUUUUGUUUGGCGUUUGUUGAUGUAAGAUUGUCAUUUUGGCUACGCCCCCAUACCGCGCACGCGCGCACAAGUGACGUGUCUGAAGUAUCUAUGAUUACUAAGGGGCAGGGUGAGUCUGUAACUUUUAAAGAGUUGGACCGAUUUUGAUCAAUAGGUAGUGUUUGAGUAAGUCAGGAUAGAAUGAGCUAGGUCGUAGGGUUCCUGGAAAUAAAAUAAGAAGGGUUGAAAGUCACAGCAUAUCUGGCAAAAUGGAGUUGGAAAAUGUUUCUAUCCAUUUCCCAUUUUAUCAAAUCGCUGUCUGCUUUCUGGUUUGAUGGUUUCCUAUUUGUUUCUACCAAGGCAAAGAGCCCAAUCGCAAUGGAUGGGAUUUUUACUUAUAAACAAUGUCAAUGUAACAAUAUAGUAUUUAUAGCAUUUUAUAAACAAAUAACUAGGUAUAAAACUUUAUUAUGUCUACAGAUUUUUUAUAAACAAAAGCUGUAAUAGCCAUCUAAUAAUUUUAUUAUCGGUGGUAAACAUCUUUUCUUUCAAGUUUUUUUAAUGAAUUACGAUUAGAGUAGGUAUGUAAUCCGAAAAAUCAAACCAUCUUCCAAAGGUAUAUAAAAAUAUGUGAACUCGAAUUCCUAAUCCGUAUUUCCAUAGUUUUACCCGUAUGACAAUACCUAAUCAGGAAAUCGUUGAACUGACAAAAUGUCUAAAACUGUAAACACAAUUUUUCGUAGAGAUUUUAGAGUUAGGAGUGGGUUUAGCGAUGACUGAGAUUUUAUAGAGAACAUUUAUUCCAGAACUUGGCUUAAUCCUUUGCAAACUUAAAAAAAAGUUCAUACGCAGAAAGUAUUUGUAUUUUGAAGCCCUAACCUAGCCUAGCCUUAACGUUAGUCUAGCCCAGGGGUCGGCAACAGGCGCCCGCGAGCCUCCUGGGCUAUUUUGUACAUAAUUUUGACAAACGACAAUACCUGAUAAAGUCAUAAAUAUUAACAAAGUGCGGCCCGCGUCAAUUUCGUUAACUACUAUGUGGCCCUUGGCUGCUAAAAGGUUGCCGACCCCUGGUCUAGCCGAUCAUUUUAAUGGACCAACCAACAUUCAUAAAACUCACGAAUAACCUUUACAUUUAACUACCAUAAAGUCAGGUAACUAUAGUCCUUGAGUAUAACUAUGGUCCAGUUUUAACGUUAAUUAUUAACGAGCAUAUGAUUUGUACUCGUUACAUUUAUUUUGGAGCUUAGAUACACUAAAGCUCUUUCUAUGUUAUACACUCAACAUAAUUUGAAAAAUACUUAUACAUAUUUUACUGGAACUUGAAUUUGGACCAUAGUUGUAAGUUGUGGACUAAAGUUACCUGAUUUUACGGUACUACAUUUCAAUUUUCAAUACAAAUGAAGUUUCAUAAUUCUCACCAAAAGAUGGCGCUGCAGUCGCUGCACACAAAUCACUCCAUCGAUAAACGGGAAAUCAAAAUGCAUUAGGGCGAUUACUAUUAGCGUAUUAUUUAUCAACAGUCAGUCGAGCUUACAAAUGAAGUUGCAAAUAAAAUUUAGAUCACGUUUUACCUUACCUAACAUACACUACAAUUUUUAAAUCAAAAUUGUAUAACUUCGAAAAAUUUUGGUACCGAAAACCCCAAUGCCUCCUUUACUACGUGACCUCAUAAUCUACUAAAUGAUGUUUAGUGUGUACAGACAGUGUGUGUAGACAUAUAGGUAUUAUAACGUGUGAUUUUGUGUAAAAUAUUUGACCAACAAAACAAAAACAAGUAGGUAUUAUUAUUUUCACCACACCAGCUGGUUAAGGCUUUCUUGAUUGUUCAAAAACUGAUAAGAAAGUUGCAUUUUAUUCACAUGUGAGGCAAAGUAAUCAAAUGCAAAUUUUGAGUUGUUUUCUUAUGUUUGCUGGUAGAAUUGACUUUUAAAUGAUGAUUUUGAAUAAUAAAUAUUUAAUAACAUUCAUUUUGAAUCGAUUUGCUUUGAUUUUGUUUGACAUUUUACAGUUAACAUUUUGCUUGUGUUGGUAUGGUGAAAAAUUUUGUGUUUCACUCGGUGGCAAAAUUUGUUUAACCCUCAUCUUCAAAGUUCAAAUUCUCGCAACGCUCAAGAUUCCAUUUGUCGAACCACUCGCUACGCUCGUUGCUCGGGUAUCAAUAUUAGCACGAGAGGUUAAACAACUACUUUGCCCCCUUGUAAAACGAAUAACUAUUACUUGACUAUGGAAAUAAAUACAGUUGUGGGAUAAAAUUAAAUCAACUUAUUCAGACUGCAAAAUUACAUGCUUAUAUAAUUAAAUUAAGACAUACGCUGAGCUUUUUUUUGAAGCCACGAGGAAACCUAGCCGCUACAUAAUUCAGAUUCCAACGUAAGUCAAAACUACAACAUUGGUGUUAUGAAUCACGUAAUCGUUUCAUUUUAUGUACUGUGUCAAAUUUUACAAUUUAGCUUUGUAAGGAUCCCUAGGAAGUGCCCUUUUAAGUAAUCGAAUAAAUGACGUAGUAUAGCUGUCAUCUCUUCAAAUGAACAACAUUCCGUAGACAUAAGAAAAUAACAUUAAGUAUAAUUAAUAAAUAAACCGACGUUUUAGUUAUGCCCAAAGAGAAAAGAUAGACAAAACAAGAAACAACUUCAGAUCAUUUUUAAAUAGUUGUACUCAAACAGUCCACAGAUGGCGCAAGUAAUAGAGAUACAUUAACGCCAUCUAGUACAAGAUUAUUGGAACUAUUUUAUUCUUUUCUCACCUACUAUCCAAUGAAACCGCACAAUUCUAUGCUUCCCUAAUCUUUAUAAGUGCCAACUGCCAUUUCCUGGUUCUGAGAAAUUUAUUAUACUGUUCCAUUUGAAACACCUGAGGACAAAUUUUCUAUUUUGUUAUUAGUUACUUAUUUCCUUUUUGUUAAUGUGAAGUUGUAGUUGGUCAAGCAAAUCUUGUCAGUUGUAAAAGGCGGCAAAUUUAUCGUCCCAUAGAAAAUUUGAAUUUCGCGCCUUUUUCUACUGACAAGAUUUGCUUUACCAGUAAGUACUUGCAUGGACUUGUAGAUGCAUAUUUGUUUUUUUUUUUUUCAAAUAUUAUACGUCUUCUUUAAAAAUGGUGCCCAUUUAAUACCCUUGAUAUUUAACUAUUCUUUGUGAUUUACUUGUAUGUAUACCUAUCCUAAAUGUUUUGUUAGUCCUUGUUGUGUAUAUUCGUCUGUUUAUUCUAUGCUAUUAAAGUUUAUUAGAGAUAUAAAAAUAUUAAAUAUUUUUAUUAGUUAAGAAUAGUUUCAAUUUGAAUACAUUGUUGUGACAUGCUGAUGCUCCAAGUGAAAUAAUACCAAAAAAAAUGUAUGACACAACUUUCUUUAUUCUUUCAUUUAAAUGUAUCAGAUAAAAGUAAACACAACUGUAUACUCCGCACUUUCUUUUAGUGGAUAAAAAGGGCCUGUAACAUAAUCUUGGAAGCUUGGGCUUGGAAUGGGUUAGAUUUAAUCUGAUAUCAUAUUAUGAUGAAGAGUCUUUACUAUUAAUGUGGCUCUGGCUUUUCACAAGUUUUUUGUUAAUCUGGAUUGGAUAAAUAGAUUUUUUAUGAGUUGGUCAUACAUUUUUUUGUCAACUACAGCAUUUUUGAUCAGAAGAGUCAGAAAAAUAUCUUUAUUUAUUCUUUCCAACAGAAACUUAAGCCACAUUUUGCGAAAAGUAUACAAAAAUAUGUAAAUAAUGUACAAAAUUGAAUUCUCAGAAUUUGAACAAAUUUGUCUUCUUUUUUAAGUACAUUUUUAUAUCCUAGUACAGAUUGGCUACUACAUCUGAUUGUACAUAAUUGUUGUAAAUACAAAAUGUAAGUGAAAGAUAUAUUUAUUCCAUCAGUCAUAUUAAUACUUAAACAUUAUUAUAUUUAUUGUUUAAAAUGAACAUUGUAAAAUUGUUUUCAUUUAAUAAAAAAAUGGAUGCUA